CCUGAGCCGCCAUUUUUGCAAAGGGAAAAGAGACAGGAGAGUGGAUACAGUUUCUAUCAGUCAUUAAAGGUAGGACAGGGAAUUAAACGGUUCGGGACGUGUGAAAACCCAAAAUACUAGCUUGGGAGUGACGUUGAAAAGAAUUAGAAGGAGUUGUUGAGCUUUUUUCCUUUUAUUUAUUUUUUAUUUUUUUAAGGUGAGGGGUUGAGUUGCAUUAACAUUUCCCCCUUUGAAGAUCCGCAGUGGAGACGGUAGUAUUGUUUUGGUUGUGUGGAGGCGAGGGCGGCGGGGUCUCACCGGGUCCCCGGUUCCUUUCUUCCUUUCAUCUACAGUGGACAUUAACGGCUUGGUGGAUGCACUUAGAUGUCUGCAAUGAGCGCUGCGGCUGGAAUGCCUCCAUCUUUUGGAUCCCCACGCUCUGGACUCAGUAGGACAAGGAUUUCUCAGAAGAGAACGUCAUGAGCAUAGGGGUCCCAGUAGGGCAGGACGUGAGCGACUCCUCGUAUCUGAACAUGGCUGCCGGCUCAGAAUGUUGUUGGACUGCAUGUCUGAAUCUGGAGUACCCGUUCGAGAUGCGUGUGAUGGGGGAGGGCGAACCCUACACACUGAGGAGGCCUGAAUCAGUGGAGGCCAGCUCUGUGCUGGUAAAGUACAGCUACCCGCACCAGGGCUACAGCAGCAGCUCUCAGCCCACGCACAGCUACGUCGGCCUGCCCUAUGCUGACCACAACUACGGCGCGCGGCCCCCACCCACACCGCCAGCCUCGCCCCCGGCCGUCCUGAUCCGUGCCAGCGAGAGCCUGUUUGUGCCUGGCCCCCAGGACGAGGCGUCGCGCGGCACCACGCUCAGCACCUCAGAGGACAGCAGCUAUGGGGCCGAUGUCACUCGCUGCAUCUGUGGCUUCACCCACGACGACGGCUACAUGAUCUGCUGCGACAAGUGCAGUGUGUGGCAGCACAUAGACUGCAUGGGCAUCGACCGGCAGCACAUUCCUGAGACGUACCUGUGUGAGCGCUGCCAGCCGCGGAGCCUGGACCGCGAGCGGGCCAUCCUGCUGCAGACCCGGAAGAGGGACAACAUGUCGGAUGGAGACACCAGCGCCACAGAGAGUGGGGACGAGGUGCCGCUGGAGCUGUACACGGCCUUCCAGCACACGGCGGCCAGCCUCGCACUGAGCACAGCGCGCACGCCCAGCAAGCAGGCCGAGAAGAAGCGCAAGAAGAGCGUGGACAAGGAGCCGCCUGCAGCCCCUGCGAGGGCCAAGAAGGCUUUUCGUGAGGGGUCCAGGAAGUCCUCCCGCGUGAAAGGCACCGCUCCUGAGGUGGAGCCCACGGACUCGCCCUCCCUGUGGGAGAACACGAUCAAGUCCUGGGUGGAGCAGUAUGAGGAGGCAGGCAGCAAUCGCUACAGUGAGGAGAUGCAGCUCCUGCUGAGCAUGAAGGGGCCGUCGGAGGCCAAGGCGGCCGACUGCAGCAGCCACAGCGCCUCCUUCAAGCCGCCGGUGGAGAGUCAGAUGCAGAGGAAUAAGAAGAUCCUGAAGGCAGUGCGAGACCUGCCAGCGGACGCGCUCAUCAUCGAGUACCGCGGCAAGUUCAUGCUGCGGCAGCAGUUCGAGGCUAAUGGUUACUUCUUCAAGAGGCCCUACCCAUUCGUACUCUUCUACUCCAAAUUCCACGGGCUGGAGAUGUGUGUGGAUGCCCGCAGCUUUGGCAAUGAGGCCCGUUUCAUCCGCCGCUCCUGUACCCCCAACGCAGAGGUCCGGCACGCCAUCGAGGGCGGUACCCUGCACUUGUUCAUCUACUCGGUAAAGCCCAUCACCAAGGGCAGCGAGAUCACCAUCGACUUCGACUAUGACUACGGCAGCUGCAAGUACAAGGUGGACUGCGCGUGUCUGAGGGGGAACCCCGAGUGUCCGGUGCUCAGGCACAACACGGAACCCACGGAGAACCUGGGCUCCGGCCUCGAGUCGCGGCGCCGGCGCGGCCGCAGGGACAAGGAGGCGCCCCGCGAGCAGGAGAGCGAGACGGCCCAGAACCAGAACGUGUCCCUGGACUACGAGGGGGCCAAGGGCAAGGCGGCCGGCGAGGCCAAGCACAGGAAGAUGUCCCCUCUGCGCCUCUCCAUCUCCAACAACCAGGAGCCUGAGUUAAUUGAGGACAUAGAAGAGAGAACCUGCAUUAGCAGUGAAGUAGAGAUGGAGUCAGAGGAGCAGAUUGCAGAGAGGAGGAGGAAGAUGACGCGUGAGGAGAGGAAGAUGGAGGCCAUCCUGCAGGCCUUCGCGCGGAUGGAGAAGCGGGAGAAGCGGCGGGAGCAGGCGCUGGAGCGCAUCGGCACCAAGGUGGAUGUCAAGGAGGAGGCGCCUGCCACUCCCGAGGCAGAGGCUAACCCCCCCCAGCCCCAGCUGGAGGUGCUGAAGGAGGAACCAUCAGCCAAGCCAAUCGCUGCCAAGGUGAGCCGGGCCAAGCAGCGUAAGAGCCUGUCGCGGAGCCGCACCCACAUCGGGCAGCAGCGCCGCCGCACGCGCACCGCCAGCGCCUGCUCCGACCUGCCGCCCGCCUCCCCUGGCGAGUGCCCAGAGGCCCCGCCCCCCGAGGCUGGCGAAGAGCCCGCCCCCGCCCUCCCAGAGCCCAAGCCGCCGCCAGCCCAGCCUCCGGACGCCGACACCCCUCCACACAGCAGCUCGCCGGCGCCCCCUAGCCGUGCCACUAACAAGUACCCCAAGACUAAAAAGCACUUAAUGAGCGAGUGGAUGGUGGAGAAGCAGGAUUCCCCGGCCCACACCCCGGAGCCCCCCCCGGAGCGGCCGCUGCGCAUCAGCAGCGACCCUGAGGUUCUGGCCACGCAGCUGAACUCACUGCCAGGCCUGGCCUGCAGCCCCCAGGUGUACAGCACCCCCAAGCACUACAUCCGCUUCUCCUCGCCCUUCCUGUCUGGCCGCAGCCCUGGCACUCCGGGCGUGCCCUCUGCCCGCCGGCGUUCCCGCGAGCUCCCAGAGACCCCUCCUACGUCCGGCUCCUGUAAGAAGCGCUGGCUCAAGCAGGCCCUGGAGGAGGAAGGGUCUUCCAGCCCAACGGGGCGACCGGCCCUCUCCCUUCCCCGGGAGGGGCCCCCCAGCCCCCCUGUCAACGGCGACUCGGACGGCCUGCUCGCCCUCAACGGCAGCUGCACUUUACUUGAGCUCCCCGCCCCCCUUAAGAAGCGGCGGCUCAGCCCACUGGACGCCUGCGUGUCGGAGGGCUCCACCCCUUAUGGUUCCCCUUAUGCCACGCCCACCCGGCCCGACCUCCCAGAAAUGCCGUGCGCCCCCCUGAGCCUGUCCGCGCUGCCGCGCCCCCGCUCUGAGGACCAGGGUACUGAGGUCAUGCUCGCCACCGCACCGCAUGGCCCCCCCAUGGGGCCUCACCCCACCCACCUAGAGAGUGAGUCUUCUCCAGAGAGCUCCCCCGAAGGCAGUCGGAGAGCCAGCACCCAGGAGGCGGAGCUCUCCCCGUCACUGCUCUCCUCGCCCUCCCUGCGGACCAGCGGCCUGGACCUCCCUCCCCAAGAGUUAAAGCCCGUGGGUUCGCAGAGUCCCCGGCCCCCAGAGCCCCAGGACUGUGGGCCCGAAGACCCAGGGGAGGUGGGGCUUGAGGGGGCAGUGGACCCACCCCCUCUGGACUCCCCUGCCCCCUCAUACCCGUCCUGGGUGAAGAGUCCGGAAGGAGCGGGCCUCCCCUUCUCCACGGUGAACUCCAAUCUACGUGACCUGACCCCCUCCCACACGCUGGAGCCGGGGGCCUUCCGGGCUGAUUCCGGCUUGAGUUUCAGGGAGGGGGGGCUCUUCUACACCUGUACUGAUGAGGGGGGCACCGUGGCCAUGGCGCGCUCUCUGGGGGGGGACCUGCUGACCCACACCCCCCCGCAGAAGAAGAAGGUGUCGCUCCUGGAGUACAGGAAGCGGCAGCGGGAGGCCCAGCGCAGCGGCUCCAAGGUGGACUGCGACUCUCCUGGCUCUGCGGUGCCCCAUCUGGUGGGUCUGUGCGGUGGCAGUGCCGUGGAAGGCUGCCCUGUCGCUGUAGAUGUGGCUCCAGAGCCGGGCGUCCAGUCUGGCCCUGAGGCAUUCCUGCCCGGCGAGGACGGCGAGUCCCUGGGGGAGAGGGACGGACGAGAAGGACAGUGGACGUCGUCCACCUCUGUGGAGCAGGCCAGGGAGCGCAGCUACCAGCGGGCCCUGCUGCUGAGCGACCACCGGAAGGACAAGGACGCCGAUGCUGGAGAUGGCGAUGUUGCGGAUGGGGGGGCUCUGAGGGAGUGCCCCUCUCCCGGCUUACACCGGAGCUGUCGCAGCCCACAAUCACACAAGCCGUGCUCACCUGGACCCAGUGCGCCGCCUCAGUUUCUGGGUCGCUCGGGAAAGGAGGAUGAUAACGACAGCCAGCCUCGCACCUCCAACAUCCAGCUUGCCUGCAAGCCUCCUGGGCCCAAGUCGGUCCCUCUGACCCCCAGCAAGCUACACAGUGGGCCCACUGGGGCUCCCCAGAGUCUGUACGCUGGACCUUCGCUGCUGCACUCCCCCAAGGCCCAGCCCCAGGGCUCUCCCUACCGGAGUCAGCGCUCCUUCCUUCUGGGACAGCCUCAAGCUCAGGCCCAGGCUCCCACAGGCCCAGCAGCGUUUCCCCAAUUCAACCCCCAGGGGGCAGGCCUACCCCCACCCCCGCCGCCCCCUGCUCCUUCUGUCUCUGCCACCAUGUUUCCAGGCCAGGCUGCCACCUCCACAGGUUCCUUUGCUGGCUAUAAGCCCACGGUGGCCCCCUUCGUUGCCGGCUCCCAGCCCCUGAUACAGACGCACCACAGCCUGCAUUACCAGAGCUCAGCGGCCCCACCCCCACCUCCCCCCCCGCUCCCGCACCCGGGCCCCUCCAUGCUGCAUGUCAGCCUGGCACCUGUGCAACAGCACCCACUCCUGGUGAACUCGGCCCCUCCCCCCUCACACCUGCUGGGCUCCACGCCGCCGCGCCCCCCCCCUCCACCUCCGCAGGCCCAGGCCCCCCCACAGCAGUCGGGGAGCAGCACGUUACUGUCCCUGCAGCAGGCUCCCCCACCCCCCCCACCUCCUCCUCCCGCCCCAUCCAGUAACCCGCCCUUGCAGACCGGGCACCAUUUCCAGACGAUGGGGGCCUUUCAGACGCCCCUCCUCCACCCGGUGGCCUCCAGCAGUGCUGCUUCUGUCACACCCGCUGCCUACCAGGCCCACCAGCAGGGGGCGCUCCCUCCUCCGCCCCCGCCUCCUCCCCAGCAGACCGCGCCCACGCCGUCCCAGGCCACGCCUCCUCAGCUGCCCAGUGGUGCACGGGGAGCCGCGGCCUCCUCGGCCCCUUUCCACAGCACAGGGUACCUUGGUUCGGGGUGGCACUGAACUGCCUGCCCCACAGUUGGCAGGCACACUGGCAUGAGCUGUGAAUACCCUCAAAGUACCCGUCCGCAAAGCUGAGGCAGGACGGCUACUUUUUAACAGAAAAAGACUAAAGCGAUCCUGCAAGGAGACUCCCACAGGAUGACUGUCAAAUCACGGUGCUCAUCACCACCCUCUCACACCUCCUGGCCGAGGUACCGGUCUCCUUUUAACUUUGUAGUCACCCCCCCCCCAAAGAUCUAGCCCAUUCCAGCUUCCACACCCCAUUUGUCUGUUGAAGUUAUUUCUCGUUCUCUGUCCUUCGUCUGUCCUCUUAAACCAUUUAUUUGUUUAUUUAGUGGCUCAUUUUAGCAAAGAAAAUGGCUUUUUGUACAAAAGAAAAUACAGAAUUAUUUUUUUUAUUCCUUCAUGUAAAAACAACAAAAAAAAAGAAAAUCUUUGCUUCGGUGCAGAGAUUGAGAAGAGGCUCCUGGUCGUCCACUUCACUGCCCCAGGAGCGCUUGUGUGUGUGUGUGUGUGUGUGUGUGUGUGUGUGUGUGUGUGUGUGUGUGUGUGUGUGUGUGUGUGUGUGUGUGUGUGUGUGUGCGCGUGUGCGUGCGUGUGCAAGGCCCGUGGAGUCCGCCCGCGUGUGCGCACUGCAAGAGAGGUGAAUGCGCUGUUGAUUCUGAACUUGGUCUGAGUGAGGACUUACCUAUAGGUAGGGCACUAGCAUCUUAUUUUUGAAUCCUGAAUGGUUAUUUGUAGAAAUGUAAUUUAAUGUAGAGAUGGUUCCUCCAGCUCUACAGACACACGUGUAAAUAGUUGCUUCUUUUGUUCUCUACGCUUGUACAAUUCGCUCCCAUCCCAUUUUGGAAUAUCGUUGUAAAUAAGAGCUCUCUUUGCAAAGCUGAAUGUUUCUGUGACAGUAGCACUGUUUUUAUCCUUAAUCUUCUCUGGAUUAUUCCAUUUCACUUCCGUCUUUUUUUAUUAUUUGUGGGUGCGUGUGUGUGUGGGUGCGUGUGGGUGCGUGCGUGUGUGUGUGUGGGUGCGUGCACGUGCGCUUGUGCGAAAGAGAGACUCGGACACAGCGUUAGUUUGGCUGUUCAUGGUUCAUGACAAUAAAUCACAGUAAUGUCGGUUUUAUACCAAA